AUGCCGGCAAAAGUAUCUCAAACGCAUUCGCUACGGAAAUCUCACACCAGCGCGAGAUCUGGACACCUGGAAACCACUCCCGGCCGAAGAUGGGCCCGGUCUAACUGGAUGUUUGAGGUCGUGCUGGACUACGGCGAGCAUCAUGCUUCGGUGCCGCGAACGAGUGAGGACACUCCGUGGUCCCUUCGACAGGACUCCUUUUCGACGGCGAACGCAGGGUUCGAGGUGCGCACGUAUCGCCUGUGUCGGCCCUUGCUCAUGUUUCACCACCUUCCCGAAGAACAAGACUAUCCGGAUGAAGUGUUGGUCUCCUCCACAAGCCUGAUGUACAAAGAGUCCGGGUAG